AUGAACUGUAAAUUGAAAAUUGAUUUCGAUGAAACUGUGGAAUGGAAUUUUUCAUUUUUUCGAGAAAUCAAUCCUAAAUUUACGACAUCUGCUGAUUUACCACAAAUCAAUUUCAUUAAAUUUAUGGUAAAUAAAAGGUUAAAUAAUUAUGGGCGAGCGUUUGAAGAAAUUUUCACGAGAAUUUUUUACGAAUAUGGAAAAAUGGUUGCACGCUAUCCGGCAUAUUUUCUUAUUGGUUCAUUAAUAGUUAGCGGAAUAAGCAUAAUUGGAAUUCCCACCCUUAAAAUCAAUCUUGAUUUAUAUAAACUUUUCGUUCCACUCGAUGCACCUGUUCGAACCGAACAUGAAAGGCAGCAAGAAUUUCGAUCGAUGCCACAGGGUGAUCUAUCAAAUGGAAAUGAAUCGAAAAAAUUGACGAAAAGGAGCACAGAUUUUAUUCAUUUUGAUAUUUUGCGGUUUUAUGUUGUACAUAAAAAUUAUGAAAAUCUUCUAAAACCAGAGAUUUUAAAAAAAUUAUAUCGAUAUACGAAUGAACUAUUGAAUAUAACCGCUCAUUACAAUGGCAAAACCUAUCAUUUCGAUGAAUUCUGCGAGAAAGACAUCUAUGGAAAAUGCAGUAACGAGCUGAACAUAUGGCUGAAGCAUGCGGAAGUUUUAUUCCGUGACAAGACAGCAAUGAAUAAUCCGAAUUUACAACUUUCUUAUCCUGUUAUGUAUCUUUUUAAUAGACCAAAAGAUAUUGGAAAUGUUGUCUAUGGAGUGAAUGUGACCGGUGAUAAGCAUGAAAUUGUUGGCGCACGUGUGUUAACUGUUCAUUGGAAAAUUAAUUUUAUUAGUACACCUGAACGCGAAAAAGCUUUAACUGAAUUUCGAAAUGCGAUGGAUGAAUUUUGGAAAAAGAAAUCUAUGGAAUGUGCAAUUAAUUUUAUUCCUCAUAAUGAAAAUGCGAUGGACGAUGAAAUGCGUCUCAUAAUUGAGAAUGCCGUUCCUUUUGCGAUUCCAGUUUCUAUACAACUUAUGCUUUUCGUUAUAUUAUCGAAUUAUUCGACUGAUAAAACAAAGUCUAAACCUUUGGAAGCUUAUUUGGCUGUAAUUUCUGUUAUCUUAUCACUUAUCACAACCUUUGGAUUAUUAUUUCUUUGUGGCUUGGAAUUCAAUCCUGUCUCAAGCACAAUGCCGUUCCUCAUCCUUGCAGUUGGAGUAGACGACGCUUUUUUGAUGCUUGGAGCUUGGCGAACUACUGAUCGUCGUUGGUCGGUUGAAAAACGAAUGGCUGUAACGAUGAGCGAUGCAGGUGCAUCUAUUACAGCGACAUCAAUGACUAAUUUUGGAUGCUUCGCCUUAGGCUAUUUUCUUUGUUCGACUCCAGCUGUAUCGGAUUUUUGUAUUCUCACAGCGUUUGGCGUUCUUUUCGAUUAUUUAUAUCAAAUAACGUUUUACGCUUCAAUAAUGGUCUAUAGUGGACGAAAGGAAUCAAGCGGUGGCCUAUUAUCGUGUUGUUAUAAAUCAACCGCAUCUGAAAAGGCGAUAGAAAUGAGGAAAAAUGAGCAAAUCACAGAAUCAUUUAUGCACAAAUUUUUUGGUGAAUCCUAUGCUCCAUUUAUUUUGAGAAAAGAUGUUAUGGUACUCUCAUGGAUUCUAUUUGUAACAUACGUUGUAUUGGCAAUUUAUGGAUGUUGCACGAUUGUUGUUGAUAUAAGUCCUAAAAAAUAUAUUAGAGAUAAUUCACAACUGCAAACCUUUGUUCACCUAGCAGAUAAAUAUAUUUGGGCAGAUAACGUGAUGCCUGUUUUUCAUGUAAUGAAACCACCCGAUCUACGAAAAGAUGAAGAGAGAGCUCGUCUUAACGAUUUGAUCUAUCGCUUAGAACAUACGAAUUAUAGUAUCGGUCGAGUUUCUACAAAUUUCUGGAUGUGGGAAUAUCAAAGCUAUUUGAACGAUUUUCCAAAUGUUGAUUAUAAAACCGAUUUUUACGAUAAAUCUUAUCUUAACGCUUUCUUUUUACAAUUAGACUAUCAACAAUAUAGAUCUCAAGUGAAAAUUCUUGAAAAUGUAACAAAUGGCGAACCAUGCAUUGCUGCAUUUACAUUUCGAACAAGUUUUUAUGGACUCGAUUCAUGGGACAAACGACAAAGUCAAUUAUAUUAUUGGAGAGAAAUUUUAUUGAAUUAUCCAGAUUUGGAUAUGUUUAUUGCUGGAAUUUUUUCACCAUUUUUAAUCGAUCAACGAAAAAGUAUAGCACCGUCUUCGAUGCAAUCAAUUGGCUCAGCAAUCGCUGUGAUGGCAUUAAUAUCGAUAUUCUUUCUUCCGAAUAAACAAUCAGCAUUCUUUAUGACCUGGAGUCUAUUAUCGAUAUCAAUGGGAGUUUGUGGUGGUUUAUCGCUUUGGGGAAGUGAUUUAGAUUCAGUUUCUAUGGGAUGCAUAAUUAUGGCAAUAGGCCUCGCUGUUGAUUUUUCUGUUCAUAUUUGUUAUCGUUAUCAUAGAUCUACGAAGGAUACAGCAGAAGAUAAGUUAAAAGAAUCUCUUAUGGUGAUCGGUUGGCCAGUCUUGCAAGCAGGUGGCUCAACGCUAUUUGCAAUGAUUAGUUUACCACUAAUCCCCGCUUAUUUAGUCCGCGUUUUUUUUCAAACUGUUGUAUUGGUUAAUAUUAUUGGCUUAACACAUGCUUUACUUUGGUUACCUCAAUUAAUUUCUGCUUUAGAUCCAUGCAACCGAAUUCCAAUUCGCGAAAAAUAUCCCUAUUCUUUUUGA